AUGCUCGCCAGCAGAGCCCGUGGCCUCGGGCCCGAGUCAGGCGGCUGCUUCUCCCCAGAGAAGUCCAGAGGCAAAGGGGGAGGCGUUCUUUGUGCUCUGAUUGGUGACAACUCUAAUCGCUCCAGCUCUGUGAGCUCCGGAGAUUAUUCUCCUUGGUCGCCUCCAGUGAGGUCGCCAGGGCCCUAUGCUCUGAGUCGCCUUCUGCUGAAGAAGAUAGAAAAUGUUUUGGACUCUCACCAGUUUCUGAUGAUGCCAGAAUGUCUGACAUCUCUGCUUGGCAGAAAUUCGUUAUUUUCUAAUCCUUUAGCCAAGACAGCACCUUGCCUCAAAAACCUCCCUGUGGAGGUUCAGUGUGAAGUAAAAACUCAGGUCUGGGAUCAGGACAUUCCUGAGGUAAAGCUUGGUUCCCCUGACCUUCCUGAAGAAAAGCCAUUGGACUUCAUAGAGAAGUCCACACACCUCGACUCCAUUGGAAGGACUAAAGAUUCUGUUCAAAAAGACUUCGAGAUAAGUAACAACUCCUUAACAGAAGUGAUUUUUCUUAGCUUUCCCAACCAUUGUGAUUACAAAGCAUUCUUCCUGGUAUUCUUGGUCAUUUAUCUAAUAACUUUUCUGGGAAAUUCGACCAGGGUCAGUCCUACUUUCCAUACUCCAAUGUAUUAUUUCCUUAGCAACUUGAGCUUCUUGGACAUGUGCUACACUUCUACCACCGUUCCAGUCAUGCUGGUGAACUUCUUCCGGGAAGAGAAGACCAUCUCCUACGAGGGCUGCCUUUCCCAGAUGUUCUUCCUUGUGACAUGUGCUGGCACCGAAGGUGUCUUGUUGGCUGCUAUGGCUUAUGACCGCUACGUGGCCAUUUGCCGCCCUCUCCAAUACCCAGUUCUCAUGAGUGCGAAGGUCUGUGUUUGCUUGGUGACUGCAUCCUGGAUGUGUGGGCUGGUGAACUCUGUGACGCACACCGUGCUGACAGCCUCACUCACUCUGUGUGGGCCCAACCACAUCAGCCACUUCCUCUGUGACAUCCCCUUGCUCCUGAAGCUCUCCUGCUCAGACACCUCUGUCAACGAGUCUGUGCUGCACGUGGCCAGCGCCACCAUCGGCCUGAGCCCCUGCCUCUUCACGGCGCUGUCCUACAUCCGCAUCGUCUCAGCCAUCCUUCAGAUUCCCUCUGCUCAGGGCAGGAGCAAGGCCUUCUCGACCUGCACGUCCCACCUCACUGUGGUGGUGGUCUUCUUUGGAACAGCCAACUUCAACUAUGCCAGGCCCCGUGAAGGCUCCUCCCUGGACAUGGACAUCCUGGUCUCUGUGCUCUUCUGUGUUGUGACCCCGAUGUUGAACCCCAUCAUCUACAGCCUAAGGAACAAGGAGGUCAAGGGUGCCCUGAGGAAGCUUACUGGAAAACAGGGGUUCUCUAGUGAGGUCAGCAACUGGAUAAUGUUUAGUGUUCUGGAAAAUUCCUUAAUUUGA